GACGAAAACACGGAUAUAAAACACCUUGGAAUUUUAAGUAUAAGAUUUUAAUGGAACAAAUCCGCAUUACAAAAGUAAUAUGGAAGAAGCGGAAAAUGAAGAAAUACAUGGUAGUAUGGGGUUCCAUGUUUUUCAUCGUAGUCAUCAUGUCGCUGUAUCUAAUGAUGGAAACAGUAUCAAACAACAUGGGAAGAGUAAAUUCUGACGACGUACUAGUUGCAGAAAGACUGUCAAAGUUAGAGAACGAUUUAACUAAAAAUGAAAAGUUAAUAAAUGAAAUAAAGGACACAGUGAAGUAUGUUUCUAACGGCGAUAAAGAAUCGCUGAAAAAAUUAAACGAUAUUCUCAAUGAUGCUGAUACUAAAUUUAAUCAGGCAAAAGAGGCAGUGAAGGAACUUUUCCAAAAACCAGCUCUAAAGGUCCAAACCAACAAACAACCAAUUGCAAGGGUUGAAGUACACAAUGUAGCAGUUAGCAGAAGUAAUCAAGUCUGUACUUUAGCUGAUGCACCAAACAUCAAAACGGAUGUUCAGAUGUUGAAAUUAGUUGACCUUAUGACCUUUGAGAAUCCAGAUGGAGGCGUAUGGAAACAAGGAUGGAAUGUGAACUAUGACAAAAAUAAAUAUGACAAGAAGAAGUUGUAUGUGUAUGUGGUACCUCACUCACAUUGUGACCCAGGUUGGGUAAAGACACUUGAUACUUACUUCAAUGAUCAGGUGAAAGGAAUAUUAGAUAACAUGGUGGAUAAGUUAGAAAGUUAUCCGAAAAUGAAGUUUAUGUAUGCAGAGGUCUCAUUCUUCUCUAUGUGGUGGAGCCAGAUUGACCAGAAGAAAAAGAACAGGGUCAAAAAAUUGAUAGAGAAAGGUCAGUUUGAGAUAAUAACAGGAGGCUGGGUGAUGAAUGACGAAGCCAAUACACAUUACUUUGCUAUGAUUGAUCAGAUGAUUGAAGGCAACCAAUGGCUGAACUUAACACUAGGAGUGAGACCAGAAUCUGGCUGGGCCAUUGAUCCUUUUGGACACACUCCUACCAUGGCUUACCUACUGAAGAAAAUGAACUUCAAAAACAUGUUAAUACAGAGAGUCCAUUAUGCAGUAAAGAAAGUCCUAGCUAAAGAAAAACAACUUGAAUUUAUGUGGAGACAAAACUGGGAUCAGGAUGGAUCCACAGAUAUUUUGUGCCAUAUGAUGCCCUUCUAUUCCUAUGAUGUGCCACACACAUGUGGUCCAGACCCUAAGGUUUGUUGUCAGUUUGACUUCGGUCGUCUUUCUCCCAGUAGGUGGAGCUGUCCAUGGAGAGUACCACCUGUACAUAUUCAUGAAGGCAAUGUUCAAGAAAGAUCUCUUACACUACUUGAUCAGUAUAGGAAAAAAGCUGAGCUGUACAGAAGUAAUGUACUGUUUAUACCAAUCGGUGAUGACUUCCGUUAUGACAGAGGAGACGAAUGGGAAAAACAGUACACUAAUUAUCAGAAGAUAUUUGACUAUGUUAACUCCAAAUCUGAACUUAAUACACAGAUGCAGUUUGGAACGCUAACAGAUUAUUUUAAGAAGUUAUAUGAAGUAAAUGAUGUAGAAUAUGGACAGAAGCCACCCAGCUAUCCUGUUUUAAGUGGAGAUUUCUUUACAUAUGCUGACCGGGACGAACAUUACUGGAGUGGAUAUUAUACAUCAAGACCAUUCUAUAAAAGACUGGACAGGGUACUUGAAUAUCAUCAAAGAUCAGCAGAAAUAGCCUUUACCAUGGCAACAGCUUACAGUAGAAGUGAUGCUUAUUCUAACUUCCCUGAGAGUGCUCUGAUGAAGAUGUUAGUGACAGCUAGGAGAGCCUUAGGUCUGUUCCAACAUCAUGAUGGUAUCACAGGAACCGCUAAAGAUUUCGUUGUCAUUGAUUAUGGUAAAAGAAUGUUAGAAGCCUUAAUGAAUGCCAAGAGGAUUAUAGUUGAGUCCAUGACAUACCUGACAGCCAAGUCUAAGUCUGACUACAAGUACAGCAAUGAUAAACCUAUAUUUAACUUGGAUGAAAGCAGAGAAAAUCAUGAUUCUUUGGCAGAAAAAACAGUUAUUGAUGUUACUGAUGAAGGAAGUCCAGUUAUCUUCUUUAAUUCCUUGGCUCACAACAGAGAACAGGUGGUAACAGUUCAUGUAAAUACACAAAAUGUCCUGGUUGUCGAUGGCAAUGGUGCAGAUGUUCCAUCUCAGACUGAUGCAUUCUGGGUUAUAAAGAAUAGAAUGGCCCCUGAAGAAUUCUUGGUGUCAUUUGUUGUUGAUGUUCCAGCCUUAGGUAGCACUACCUACUUACUGAAGAGGAUCAGUAAGGGAAGCAGAUCCUAUGGGAGAGUAACAAUGUACAACACAGAGGCUGAAAAUGUUCCUGAACAAUCUUCAUUUACAAUCAAAACAGAACAAGAAAAAGAUUUCUCCAUAGAAAAUUCCUUCCUGAAAGCUGAGUUUUCUGGAAGUACAGGCUUUCUGAAGUCUGUGACAACAAAGGAUGAUGGGAAACAACACAAGAUAGAGGUCAGCUUUGUAUCUUAUGGUAUAUCUCAUGGUAAAGAGAAGAGUGGAGCUUAUCUGUUCUUACCUGAUGGUCCAGCAAAGACUAUCAACUAUGUGUCACCGACCAUAAGAAUAACAAGAGGCCCCAUUGUGUCAGAGGUUGUAGUGUACCACCAGUAUACAGAACAUCAUGUUAGAAUUCUCAGUUCUCCUGGUACAGAUGGCAGUGCUAUAGAUAUAUAUAACCUGGUAGACAUCAGUAGUACUGGUGGUAACAUUGAGACAGCCAUGAGGAUUAACACUGACAUAGAGAACACAGACAGAGAAUUCUUUGUUGACCUUAAUGGUUUCCAGAUGAUAAAGCACAAGACAUUAGACAAAAUUCCACUCCAGGCCAACUUUUACCCAAUGCCAUCCAUAGCUUUUAUUGAAGAUGAUAGUUAUAGAUUUAAUGUUUUGUCUGGUCAGUCACUAGGCAUGGCUAGCUUAGAUGUUGGUCAGAUAGAGAUAAUGAUGGACCGACGUUUGAACCAGGAUGACAACCGAGGUCUGGGCCAGCCUGUUCAUGAUAAUAAAAAUACACCUAACAGGUUUGCUCUCUUGUUUGAAAAGAGGCUAAAGCCAAGGGCAAGAGAAAAAAUAACCGGAUUUCCAUCUCUUCAAGCUCACCUAACCUCAUUACAGCUCAUCCAACCAAUCUUUGUCAUUCCUAAAAAUAGUGAGUCUGACAGCAUUCCACUUUUACCGAACUUUAAUCCAAUGCAGAAAACCUUGCCGUGUGAAAUUCAUCUAUUGAACUUGAGAUCACUACGUUAUAGUGAAGAUGACACAAGUCAUGGAUUUAAACCAAGAAAAGAUGUCGCAAUGUUACUUCAUCAUUUAGGAUUCGAUUGUAAUUUCCCAAAUCGAGGGUUAAAAUGUGACAGUUCUGAUGGAAAGAUAUCAUUCCUUCGCUUAUUUAGAGAGUUAACAUUUAAAAACACCAAAGAAACAUCUUUAUCGCUGAAUUAUGAUCAAAGAGGCAUUAAGAGUGGAGAAACAAUGUCUCUCAAACCUAUGGAAAUAAACGCAUAUCGAACAGAAUUACAGUGGAUGGCCCCAACAUAUUGAUUGAUCUGUUUAUUUUAUUGUACAAAUUAAUGCAUUUUAAAUAUAAUUUAGAUAAUUUCAGUUACUGUAAAUUCAGAAAUUUUAGCAUGUAAUUAUAAUGGUGAUUUUUGAAUAGCUGAAAAAAUGUGCGAUUAAUUCUUGUGAUGUCAGGAAAUAAUAUAUACAAAUAAUGCUUUCACAAUUUGAGUUUUUAUUUUAGCAAAACCUGUUAUCAUGGUUAUGUUGCAAUUUUCCUUGAUAAGAUAAAAAUAGCAAAAAUUUCUGAAUUUACAGUAUCUUGUGCUGCACAGUUUAUACAUUUAGGAUAACAAGAGGUGGCGCUGAUAAAAAAUGUGUACCGUUGAUAGAAGCAAUUAGACAUUUGUCUUUCAUUUUCUCAAUAACCCAUGUACUAAAUUUUUGAAUGCUCUUCUUGGUUCUAAAUUAUUCUUAGAAAAGAAACUCAUUAGGACUGAUGAUUGUAAAAAAACAAACAGUAGGACUAUGUAGUGAACAGUACACAAGCCCCAUGUGCUAACUAUUGUAUAAAAUAGCCUCUAGACCUAAAGAUGGUAGAUAUAUUACAACUUGUGUAAGCCAUAUUAAAAGUGUCACCUUUUUCACAGAAAUUACUUGCUUGGUAAAAAUCAGACCUUGGAUAUUACACUGCUGAUGAGAACUCUUUUCUGAGGAGAAACAUUCAAAAAAUUUGUAUUGAAAAAAAAUUUUUUUUAAUUUUUUUUAUUGAAUUAUAUUUUGUUGGGGAACACUUAUUUAUAAUUUCAUAUGUGUUGACAAGGUUUUAUUUGUGUCUGUCUCACUAGCUAGCCUUAUGUCUCAUAACACGGUAGUAGCUUUAGUAAUUCAAAAUAAGAAGUGAUAUACAAAAACAUGUUUAUAUCAACAUAGCCAGAAAAACUUUGGUCUGAACACUUCGUAAUUUUUGUAAUUACUUUAAAACAUCUAAUGUUAGCCAGUAUUAAAAAACAAUCUGCCCAGAUAUUAAUUAGCAGUUUUGUGAUAAAUUUCUAUCAGAUAUUUGAUCAGACACCUUUAAAGUGUCUGACAAAACUAAAAUUUAGCCAGAAAAAUGUCAAUCAAAUUUGGAGACCUCAGUUUGUUAGAAAUUUCUUGAAUCAGUUUACUAAUUAGUUUUAAUUAAUAUAUUGAUGUGACUCUAACAUGGUAUAAUCAGACUUGGGACCUUAAGUUGUUGGCAGAAGACCUUGUAACCUAAUGUCUCAUUUAAAGAGACCUGGGAUCUUUUACACAGGUUUAUUGUAAAACAUAGACCUGUCAAAUGUCAUUGAAAGUGACCUGGUGACCUAUGGCAAUUUAUAAACGGGGUGACCAAUGGGGUUUGACUCUACUAGAGCCCCAUUGAUUAUGUAUUGAAACAAUUGGCUAAAAACUAGCAGCACAAAAUCUAGAAAAAGUAUAUCAUUGAUCAUCUGUAGAAAUUGCUGUUUUAAUAUUGAUGACAGGUGCAAUAUUUAUUUUGUUCUUUCACUUAUGCUCAACAUAGAUUUCAUAAACUUGUUAAUAUGAUAAAAAAGGGAUCAUUUGUAUUGAUUGCAUGUAUAUAGUCAAUUUUUCUUUAAAAGAAUGACAUGUUUUUCAUGUAAAACUUAAAGAUAAUAGAAAGCAAUAUAACCAGAGUCUUUAUUAUACAUAUUUUUGUUCUGACAUUGACGAGUAAGUAUGGUUUUUAAAUGGAUGUAGGAGGGCAUUGAGGGACUUACCACCCCCACCCCUCAAAUACCAACAUAUUAUGACCCAUGCCCAAUGAUUAAACUUCUCUCCCCAACCCCCAAACUUUCAUUUGGAAUAAGCCAAAUCAAGUUUAUUGAUGUACAUAUUUGUAGGUAAUUGGUUUUGACCCCUGAAGUGACCUUUCACUCUAAUGUGAAGAACCAGUAGAAUUUUACCAUUCCAUAUAAUGUGAUACUAAUAAAAAUGCAGCUGAUAUUUAAUGUUAUAUAAAUUUGUUUUACGGUCAUUUAAAAUUAAUUCCUCAGUUAUUUAUUAUUUUUUUUACUUUGGAUGGAUGGGCAUUUUCAAGUGUAAGAAUGUAAGAUAAGAUAAACAUUAGUCAUUAAAAGGGAAAAAAACUGUGGCUGGUACUUUAAUACUUGAAUUAGAAUUUUGGAAUUAAUUUUAUCAUGCCGGUAUUUAUACUGUAUGCAUAUGACUGUAUGAGUGUGUUCAAUAUAGCAAGGAAAUGAAAAGGUUGUGGUUGGAGGUAGAUUAUUAUUUAUAAAGUUUAUAUAUAAAUUUGUUUUGUUUUUUCUGCCCAGUGCAUUUGAAUGAAAAUGUUAAACUGGUUGAUUAUAUUUAAUUUACUUUAUUUUCGUAUUUUUUGUACAGAAAUGAUGUCUUGUUACUCAUUAGCUAGUUUCCUUGGUUAUUCUAAUGAUUUUUUUUUUUUUUUUUUUUGUUUUGUUUUGUUGUGUUUGUUUUGUAUAGUCUUUCAUGUUUUUUUGUUAAAUUGCUGAAUUUUUUUUGGGGGGAGGGGGAGGGUUCUAUCGAAAAUGGGUAUUAGAUAUGAAAAAUUCCAUCAAGAUGGACAUUCUUUACUAUAUAUUAAAAAUCAUAACCUUUGCGAGAAAAAAUAGUUAGCAAGUGUUCAAAAGAAUUCAAAUAUGAAAAUUAAGUUGAUCAAAUAUUAAAAUAUUAAUUGAAACUUGUAGAUGGAUAUACACACCCAAAAGAAACCAUAAUUGUACAUUGGAUAACAAAAAUUGCAUUGGUGAUGAAUUUCAUUAUCUUUAUGUGUGUAAUAUUGUAGAUUUAGGUCACAAUUUAUACCAAACCUAAUCAAAAUGUAAAAAUUAUUGUCUUUAUGUAAUGAACCAGUAUUGAAAAAUUAUUAUGCUGUAUUUUAUAUCUUUUCAAAAAUUCUUUUGACAAUUUUGUAUAUCUACUAUUUGUAACCAUCUUAAUGUUUAACGUUAUAUGAUGUAUUUGCUCAGUCUAGUAGCACACAUGGUGUGACUGAAUGUACAAUAUAAUCUUUGAAUCUUUGAAUUCAUAUUUCAUUACUGUGUAUGAAUGAUUAUGCAAACAUUAUUUUAAAAUUCUUUCCUUUUACUUAUAAAACUUGGUAUUGAUUUUUACCUUAACAUGUGUAAUGUUUAAGAUUUGCUGUUUUAAUGCAAAGACUGACCUACCUUGUACAAAUCCAGAAUUUUUUUUUACAUGCAAGCUAUUUAACAAAUAAUAACUGUAGAUUCAUUUAUUUUUGUGGAUAUAAAUUUUCGGGAAUUAAGGAAAAAUUAUAUUUUCAUAUUUUUGCCAAAGUCUGCACAUAAGCCUAUAAAAAGUUAGCAGUUUGUUAAACAUAUUAAUUUGAGGUUGACCUUUACCCACGAAAUACACGAGAAAUUGGUAUCCCACGAAUAAUAAUACAUCCCCAGUAGUCCAUGAAAUUUACAUAGAUAUAAGAAGAUGUGGUAUGAGUGCUGAGACAACUCUCCAUCCAAGUCAAAAUUUAUAAAAGGAAACCAUUAUAGGUUAAAGUACGGUCUUCAACACGGAGCCUUGGCUCACACCAAACAGCAAGCUAUAAAGGGCCCCAAAAAUUACUAGUGUAAAACCAUUCAAACGGGAAAACCAACGGUCUAAUCUAUUUAAAAAAUGAGAAACGAGAAACACUUAUGAACCACAUCAACAAACGACAACCACUGAACAUCAGAUUCCUGACUUAGGACAGGUGCAAACAAUAUGCCCAUAAAUAUAAUUCAUUGGCUUUCAGUUCUACUACAUGUACCUCAGUAAUUUUUAUUUUAACAAGCAACAAUUUGUUAUUGCGCAUGAUUAGCACAAAAGGGAAAUUAAUUACAGUUAUUGUUUCAGAAACAAAAGUGAAUUGGGUUUUGGUUUAAACAAUAUUUUAUUCGAUAAGUCAAAUCAUGAUAUAUAAUAUAAUACAGUAUAAACAUUGGGUUUUGAAACAUUGGAUACUACAAGAAUUUAAAUAUGUUUUGUAUAUCUCAGAAAGUUACAUAUCAAGAUUAUGAAUUAUCUUUUUUUAUUAAAUUGUUAAAAUUUUUAACAUAUUGUAAAAUUUAAUCAUUUGCAAGAGUUAAAAAUAGGCUAAGUUUUGUAUAGAAUAUUUUCAAAGAUACUUUUUGAACACAAUGGCAAUAAAUUAUAUUUUUUCUCUGUAUGUAAAUAUUGAUAGUAAACUCAAUAUUUGAUUGGUUGAGAGUAUCCCACAUGACAUUGAAAAAACUUUACAUUCCACUUUAAGUAUUAUAUUCACCAUUAAACAUCACGACUACCUCCUGCGAUAUUAUGGAUGAGAAGUCACAUUUUCCAAUCUGACAGGCAAUUUUUUGGGUGAGCAAAUCUUCAUAUCUCCUUUCACAAUGGAAAUAAAUGUAUAUAACUAUACUGAGCAAAAAAAGUUAAGCAACAAACAUUUGGAAUGUUAAAAAACAUUUUAAAAAUAAACUAUUCUUCUUAACAUAACACUGAAUAAAUUAUUAAAACAAAGAAAAUAAACCAUAAGUUGAAAUUCUUACUCCACAAAAACUUAAUUAUAAAGAUUUGAACUUUAACUAAAAAAUUUGUUGCUAAACUUUUUGUACUCAGUAUAUUAUGACUAAAUUGUGUAGUGUUUGCUUUGUAACUGUGAGUGUAUAUAUAAACAUACAUGUAUGUAUGAUUGAGAAAAUCCAAUGAAUAACUUUGAUAUUAGAUGCUUGUUUUACAUUUUGUUGUUGUAAUAUGACUGCUGUUUGUAGAGUUUUCAUUUAACGUUUUCACAUUUUUGUAUGAAUUAUGGUAUAAUUAGUAUUAUUCAUGUAAUUCAGAUUAUGAUUUUGCAAUGAAAAAACUGCUGAGAAUGAAUUUAAUUUAAUGAAUUUUUCAGUUUGAUUGAUUUACCUUUUAUAUAAACAUUCAGGCUUUUGUAGGCAACACACACGUCUGGCCUACACAAUUAUAAUCCUGGGAUCUUCAAGGGAGAUAACUCUGUAAAAUUUAAAUGUGUUUAUAAUAGUCUGUUCCAUCUGCAUUUUACGCAUGAUUUUUCCUGCGGUGAAUAUAAUGUUUAAAAAAAUAAGAUUCUCUAUGCUUUUAGUUAUUGACAAAACAGAAAUGUUAUAGUCAUAUAAUAUGAUUGAAUUAUAAUGUUAUAAAUUUACUGUUAAUAAUUCUUUACAAGUUGAAUCUUUUCAACUUAAUAAAUAUGGAAAAUCAGUCUUAAUAGACGAUGACAAUUACAGCAUAUGAUGAGAAAUAAUUCAACAGAUCAACUGGGUUUUUUUUGUAGAAUAUUCUUCGUUAACUCCUCCCACUAAACUCUUUUGGUUAUUUAUUAUUCGUAUUUUUUACUUGACAAAUUUUGGGUGAUAAUUGAAACUUGAACUUUUAUACAUGUACAAUAUUUAAGUGUUUGAUGUAUCAUAGAUGUAGAUGUAAGAUGUAUAAAUUUGAUGUGAUAUUUGUAUUUAUUUACUGUUAAAAGAUUUAUUCAAGAUGGAGCAUUUUAAAAAUAAAUAUUGAAUUAUUUCAAUAUGCUUUCAAUCUAGAGUAGAAUUUGAUGUAUAGCUUAACAUAAUGUGAUUGAACUGACGACUAUAGCAGAAGCAUCUGUUCAUUACCAAUGCAACAAUUGUCUUAUAACCUUAAAUAGAAAUGUCAGAAGGUACUUAUUGAAAUGAAUGAAAUUAUAAGUUUAAAUUUCGAUCAGUUCAAUUCAAGCACUCUGGCUUCCUCCACCAAUAAAAACUGGCUGCCACGAUAUAUAGCCAAUAAUGCUGAAAGUAGCUUUCAAAACACCAACAAUCAAUUAUUUCGAUAAAAUUUUCAUAACAACCACAUUUUCUCAUAUGUUUUGUUUUAAGCAACACUUGAUAUGGGAGUUUCAAAUAUUUUGAUGAGAAAAAUAAAAGAGCAAAAAAAUUUACCUUACAAAAUUUUAAGAUAGGAAAUAUAAAUUCUGUAGGAUGUAAAGAGAAAUAUUUGUAAAGGGAGAUAACUUUGUUAAUGUGAAUUAUCUCCCCCUAGAAUGCAGGUGAUUAUAGAUAAAAUAUAUAUAAACUCAUAACAGAAUAAAAAUUUGUAGCUGUGAAAUUGACCCAAGUUCCAUCUCUGACCUUUUGACACUCCCUGAACGAACUUGAUAUUAUUAUGUAGUCAAUUAUAUAAAAGGAUAAAUUUUAUGUGCAUGUAAGAACACUAGACUUGAAAUACUUUUUUUUCAGCAGGUAAUUUGUUUUUAUUAAAAGAUGUGGCUGAUUGUGGCAAGAGUUUAUGAUUUCUGUACAUAAAGUGUUAUCAUGUUAAUGAUGUAUAUUGAGUUAUCUACAUUGUUUAUGAAUAAACUACUUCUUUUAUUUGU